AUGACCAACUCUAAACAGCAAGAACAACUGUUGAAUCAGGCAAAAUCAGUGACGGAAAGCGCAUGGCAGUUGGUGGAUACUGUCAAGAACUGUGGCGGAAAUCCUAAGUCUGUGAAUAUGCAUCCUGCUUACGAAACCGCUGACAUUACCAAGGAAGCCCUACAAGAACUAGUCCAAUCUCUAGAGGUCAUCUCCACCCAAACGGGCAAAGUGUCCAGCGUGGUGGACAACUUGACACGUGCCAUGACACGAUUGUCUGACCACAGAGCCUCUCUAGUCAUUUCUGACAGUGAGGGUUAUGUGGACUAUCAGACAAGAAUGGUGGUUCAACAACUUGGUGGUGCUUGCGUUGAACUCGUCCAGGAUAACGGACAAUGCCUCAUCGCUAAAGACAUCAUCAGGGAGGAUCUAAAGUAUGGAGACAUCAUCGGAGACAUAGAAACGACCAUAAUGUUCGCUACUGCCGGAAACCUCAAUCCAGAACACGAGAACGAGUCUUUUGCUGAUCAUAGAGAAAAUAUACUGAAAACAGCAAACGCCUUUGUGGAGGAUACAAAAACAUUGGUAGCUGGAGCUGCCAGUUCUCAAAAGCAACUGGCUGUGGCCGCACAGAAUUCUUUAAACUGGCCGAGGUUUUCAAAGGCCGAGGUUGUCAAAUUUGGAGCUGCCAGUUUGGGCUCAGACAAUCCAGACUCACAAGUAAUGUUGAUCAACGCUGUUAGAGAUGUGGCUAGUGCUCUGGGUAAUCUAAUUCACGCCACUAGGGCUGCCAGUGGUAAACCAAUUAAUGAUCCUGCAAUGGCGCAUCUUAAAGACAGCGCCAAAAUGACUUAUACUCAAAUUAAAGACAGACGAUUGAUCAAGCCAUAUAAAGCGACACAGUGUCCUGAAAAUCAAGAGGGAGCAUUUUUGAUAAGAAUUAGUGAGUCUAGUCCAGGAGACAUUUCGUUAUCUGUAAAAUGUGCAGUUGGUGUGCAACAUUUUAAAGUCCUGCGCGAUGCCCAAGGAAAAUUCUUUUUAUGGGUGGUUAAAUUUAAUUCGCUCAACGAACUCGUCGAAUACCAUAGAACGUCUUCAGUGUCAAGGUCGCAAGACGUAAAACUGAGAGAUAUGGUUGUAGAAGAAUAAUUAGUACAAGCAUUGUACGAUUUUACGCCACAAGAGGUUGGAGAAUUAGAAUUUAACAGAGGCGAUGUCAUCACCGUUACAGACCGUUCUGAUCAACAUUGGUUUAAAGUCCUGCGCGAUGCCCAAGGAAAAUUAUUUCUAUGGGUGGUUAAAUUUAAUUCGCUCAACGAACUCGUCGAAUACCAUAGAACGUCUUCAGUGUCAAGGUCGCAAGACGUAAAACUGAGAGAUAUGGUUGUAGAAGAAUAUUUAGUACAAGCAUUGUACGAUUUUACGCCACAAGUGGUUGGAGAAUUAGAAUUUAACAGCGGCAAUGUCAUCACCGUUACAGACCGUUCUGAUCAACAUUGGUUUAAAGUCCUGCGCGAUGCCCAAGGAAAAUUAUUUCUAUGGGUGGUUAAAUUUAAUUCGCUCAACGAACUCGUCGAAUACCAUAGAACGUCUUCAGUGUCAAGGUCGCAAGACGUAAAACUGAGAGAUAUGGUUGUAGAAGAAUAUUUAGUACAAGCAUUGUACGAUUUUACGCCACAAGAGGUUGGAGAAUUAGAAUUUAACAGAGGCGAUGUCAUCACCGUUACAGACCGUUCUGAUCAACAUUGGUUUAAAGUCCUGCGCGAUGCCCAAGGAAAAUUAUUUCUAUGGGUGGUUAAAUUUAAUUCGCUCAACGAACUCGUCGAAUACCAUAGAACGUCUUCAGUGUCAAGGUCGCAAGACGUAAAACUGAGAGAUAUGGUUGUAGAAGAAUAUUUAGUACAAGCAUUGUACGAUUUUACGCCACAAGUGGUUGGAGAAUUAGAAUUUAACAGCGGCGAUGUCAUCACCGUUACAGACCGUUCUGAUCAACAUUGGUUUAAAGUCCUGCGCGAUGCCCAAGGAAAAUUAUUUCUAUGGGUGGUUAAAUUUAAUUCGCUCAACGAACUCGUCGAAUACCAUAGAACGUCUUCAGUGUCAAGGUCGCAAGACGUAAAACUGAGAGAUAUGGUUGUAGAAGAAUACUUAGUACAAGCAUUGUACGAUUUUACGCCACAAGAGGUUGGAGAAUUAGAAUUUAACAGAGGCGAUGUCAUCACCGUUACAGACCGUUCUGAUCAACAUUGGUUUAAAGUCCUGCGCGAUGCCCAAGGAAAAUUAUUUCUAUGGGUGGUUAAAUUUAAUUCGCUCAACGAACUCGUCGAAUACCAUAGAACGUCUUCAGUGUCAAGGUCGCAAGACGUAAAACUGAGAGAUAUGGUUGUAGAAGAAUAUUUAGUACAAGCAUUGUACGAUUUUACGCCACAAGUGGUUGGAGAAUUAGAAUUUAACAGCGGCGAUGUCAUCACCGUUACAGACCGUUCUGAUCAACAUUGGUUUAAAGUCCUGCGCGAUGCCCAAGGAAAAUUAUUUCUAUGGGUGGUUAAAUUUAAUUCGCUCAACGAACUCGUCGAAUACCAUAGAACGUCUUCAGUGUCAAGGUUGCAAGACGUAAAACUGAGAGAUAUGGUUGUAGAAGAAUAUUUAGUACAAGCAUUGUACGAUUUUACGCCACAAGAGGUUGGAGAAUUAGAAUUUAACAGAGGCGAUGUCAUCACCGUUACAGACCGUUCUGAUCAACAUUGGUUUAAAGUCCUGCGCGAUGCCCAAGGAAAAUUAUUUCUAUGGUGGUUAAAUUUAAUUCGCUCAACGAACUCGUCGAAUACCAUAGAACGUCUUCAGUGUCAAGGUCGCAAGACGUAA